UGUGGAGUUGACAGACAGCUGACCAUGCAUCCACAAAACUGAACAUAAACUCGAAUGCAAUUCUAUAGCUAUACGAUCGUAUCAUUUAAACGUGAUGUUUACAUGCUAAGUUACACAGUAUUUCAAUUCAAUUUCACAGCACGACGCUAGCCUAAACGUCACAUCCGGUUCCAACCGCCUGGACUAAAAAGAAAGCAAUUCAUGUUCCUGAGACGUUAGUCAAAAUAACUUUUUAUAAAUUAUAUUAUAUUCACUGCACCAUUCCGACAACUGAUAGCAGUGAUACGAAUGUCAGCAUCCUGCAAAGCUGCAUGACACUGAAUCCAGUGUCCCUUGCAAGCAGCAAUCUAUUGUCAAGGGUGAGAAAUGCAUACAAAGGUGAGUAGCAACCAUGCCCAACGGGUUUUGUCCUUUCUGAAUGAGCAGAGGAGUCUCAGCUCGUUCUGUGAUGCCAAACUGACUGUAGGAGGUGGUGGGAGGGUGUACAAUGCCCAUCGCAAUAUCCUGGCCUGUUUCAGUGGCCGGUUCCAGGAGUCCGAGCCAACCACCACCAUGGUUAAGGAGGUCUCCCUCCCAGAGGAGUUCCCCACUGAUGGCCUGGAACUGCUUCUAGACUUUUUCUAUACCGGGGAGUUAAACCUUGACUCUCUGAAUCUGGAGAAUGUGCGACAGGCUGCAGACAGCCUAUGUGUACCAGAUGCCCUCGCACUUUGUCAGCAGUUUGCCACAGAAGGGACAGUUUCUCCAGAAGGACUGCAGUCUGCAUGUCUUCUGAGCCAUCAUUUUCAGCCAAUCUCAGCUGUAACUUAUGUAGGAACCAAGGCCACCCUAAAAAGAGGGAGGCCCCCUAAAAAAAGAGGGAGGCCCAAAAAAUCCCAAACCCCUAGUAGUGGCUCAAGUAAGAAGGAUUGUCUGGAAGCUACCGCCACCACAACUGCCAUCACAACUCGCUCUGGGAGUAGGGUGAAGGCCUCCAGAAGACCGCUUGGAGAGGGCCCCUUUGUGCGUCUCCUGCCCCAUGUGGGGACCACUAGCAGGGGGACUCCACCACUAGUUAUUAGCCUAAAGGAUAGGAGUGAUGGGGCUGAGGAGGAGGGACAACGCCUCCCUCAGCCUAGAGAUACAACAGAGGUAACAGAUGUGUUCGGCAACCUUGUACCAGAUUUGAGCUACAAAGCUAAUUCUCAUCUGCAGCCUCUUGAUGAAGAAGACUAUGAUGAUGAUGAUGAUGGCGGUGGUGGUGAUUUGGUGGAGGGGGUAGCUGAGGACACUGAUGAAGAGUAUGUGCCCCAUGCCCUGCUGCCUACCUCCUCCAGCCCCAAAGGCAGACGUAAAGGACCAACCAAAGCUGUCAAUAAAGAGAACGGUGAACGGGCAGCCAAGGGGUCUACAAAGGGCUCUGUUCAGUGCCCCACCUGCAAUAAGACCUUCCUCAGCAAGUAUUACCUCAAAGUACACAACAGGUGUCAUACAGGUGAGAAGCCCUUUCCAUGCUCUAAGUGUGGAAGGAGGUACUACAGGAAGGAGAAUCUGAUGGACCACCAGGCCAGAAACUGCAACUGUGGUGAAAAAAUAAAAGUGGUACACAACUGCCUUCAAUGCCACAUGUCAUUUGACAGAUUGGGGGAUCUACGUCUGCACACGGUCUCCCAUACAGGGGAAAUGCCCAAUAAGUGUACGUCAUGCUCGGAACAGUUCAUGCAUAAAAAAGAUUUAAGAAGUCACGAAAUCAAAAUCCACGGUGCACCCAAACCACAUGCAUGCUCUCUGUGCAGCAAAGCAUACCUGUCUAAAACAGAGCUGCGUCUGCAUGAGGCGUCCAAGCAUCGCGGCGAGAAGCUCUUUGUGUGUGAGGAGUGUGACCAUCGAGCCUCCAGCCGACACGGCCUGCAGAUGCAUAUCAAAGCCAUUCACAGAAACGAGCGUCCAUUUGUGUGUGAGUACUGCAACCGUGCGUUCACCCAGAAGGCUAACCUUAACAUGCACUUGCGGGUUCACACUGGAGAGAAGCCCCAUCAGUGCCACCUCUGUGGGAAGACCUUCCGGACACAAGCCAGUCUUGACAAGCACCACCGAACCCACACAGGAGAGCGACCUUACAGCUGUGAGUUCUGUAACCAGCGCUUCACAGAGAAGGGACCAAUGCUCCGCCAUGUUGCCAGCAAGCACCAGGAGGACCGCCCUCACUGUUGCAAGAUAUGUGGCAAGACCUUCAAGGCCGUCGAGCAGCUCCAUGUCCAUGUGCGUCGCCAUCAGGGCAUGAGGAAGUUUGAGUGCGAAAAGUGUGGCUACAAGUUUACCAGACAGGCUCACUUACGGCGUCAUGUUCAGGUCCACACCCGUACAGAGAACUACAAUCCACGGGAGAGAAAGCUACGGAACCUGAUAGUAAAGGACGUGGGGUUGCAGGAUGAGACUAGCCCCUCACAGAUACCACCCACUGAGAAGGAGACACCUGAGGGGCCAGCGCCUGUCUCUGGACCAAGUGUCCCAGUCUCUGUUCCUGUCUCUGGACCUAUACCUGGACCUGGAACUGUACUAGGAGCCAGUGACAUCCUCAGGGUGGUGAUCCAGCCCCUUACGGAGGAGGUGGUGUCCAGCCAAGGGCAGAUGGAUGUGGGCUUUAACCAGGACCAAGUGGGCAUUACCCAGGUUGGGGUGGCACAGGGACAUGGCCAGGUGGAUGUGAUGUCCAUCAGCCAGGGUUUGGGUGUGGCGGGGCAUAGCUUCAAUGUGACAGAUGUGAUGGAGCAGACUCUACUGGUCGCAGAUUACCCCAUCCCUGAGACCACGGUGGAGCUGGAGGACAUACAGGAAGAUCCUCCUGCUAAGAGCAAGGCCUGAGGACUAAGAGCAAGGCCUGAGGACAGGACAGACUGGUUAGCAUCUCACACCGCUAGACAUUCUCAUUGGAGAAGCCUAGAGCAGCUUGAGUACUGCAAGACUUCAAGAACUCCCACACUGUGGCUACUCGCUCUGCUCUGUAGUCGAAGCAUUCAUUUAAUUUCAAUCAUUAUUGUAACCAUGUUUUCUGUCUAAAUUACUGUACAGAAGAACUGGUUCCCACUCAGCCCAGUAGAUGAUGAACCCCUCAAAACAUUCCCCUACUCUGUGGGCAUCUUAUUCAUUAUGCCUGUGCAUUGGGUCUGACAAUGUAAUAUAAGUUGGCUUAGGUUUUAUGAAGUUUGUUGUGUUUUUACACAAUUUGAUGAGAUAAGUCAAUAGGUCAGGUUGUGAGAAGUGAAUGUAAAUCAAUGGGAUUGUCUUGCAUCAUCAAGUCAAACGGUAAACAGAAUAAAGUGGCAGUCCUGCCUGCAGUUUUAUUGUAAUCACACUGUAAGGAUGACCUCUCUACAGUAUACAAACAAUGCAAAUAUGAAAAACUGUGUUUGGACAACACAAACAUCUUGUAUGAAAACUAAGAAAACACACAACUGAAUGGCAUUACAGUAAGUAAACAAUACUAAAAUUAACUUUAGUCAAACACAUGUUGCACAAAUAAAUUGAGAAUGUGUUACCACCUCCAGUUACCAUAACAGCGGUUGUCACCGGUAUCUAUCUUCAUAUGUACCUCUGCCUCCUGUUGCACUAGGAAAACACACUAACGUUAUAUGAACUAACACUACAAAUACAUUUUCAUAAAUAAAACUAAACCAUUCUAAUAAAAUAUUAAAGCAUCUAUAAUAAAAUAAAUGCACCUUGAAAGAAAAUAUGACCAGUACUUCAUGCAGGCUAGAUUGGUAGUCGUGCCAAUUAGGUGUAAACAGUCAGUCUAGAUGAGGGAGAGCAAAACGGUGAUCAGCAUCUGAUAGUCUAUCAUAUCAAUAAAACAGGGACACAUCUAUUUAAUCUAUCACUUUGAUGGGGUUUUAGCAACCCAGUCCCAGUUGCAUCACAUGCUCUGAUUCCAUCCUAAGGUUCCAUAGUUGUACAGCACUGGACAAGUCUCCAGAUUAAUUUCGCAAUCGUUAUCAAAGCUGGUUAGUGCUAGAAAACAUUAUGGUGGUUGUAUUAGCUUUUGGAAUGUAUGGGGUCAUGCCACUGAUUAUGAGCGAUAAUGUUGGCUCUCACAACCGGAAAGUGGAAAACAACUCCGUAGUUAGUUGAUUAUGUAAGAUAAAAAA